UUAUUUAAAACAACUCUAAAAUUAAACAAAAUAAAAAUGUAAUUAUUGAGCUUUCAAGCCAUGACAAAUGAUCAAGGUUGAAAUAUAAGUGAUGAAUUUAAGGUAAAUAGGGUCAUUUGUUUAAUCAAAAGGUUUAGGUAUGAGAACAAACCCAACCAAUGAUUACAUGCCACAUGUUAAUCAACAACAUCAUAAAAAAAAAAUCAUGGUUAAUUUACAAAAUGAUUCAUUGCUAUUUGCUAAUGUCACUGUCCAGAACUUUUCAUUGAUGUGAGCUCUUUUAAUUUUGUUUAAUGAAUACACCUCAAAUUUCACAUCCUUAACUUCAACAAGAAACAUUUAGUCAAACCUUUGGCUUGGUCUUCUCUUCUUUUCUCUUUGGACCUCUUCAUCCAUUUUCAUGGUUUCUCUUACUAAAUUUAUACCUUAAAUCACACUUUCUUCCUCUGAGGAAACACAAACUAUUUUUUACUCAUAUUCUUGUAGAUUUAAGUAUUCAAAAUAAACUCAUACCAACCCUUUUAGCAGCACAGAAAGAUUUGAUUCUAUGGGGAGGAACACUGAAGAGGAAGUUCCUGAACAAGUAGAAUCCAAGGCCAUGAAGCAAGGUCAUAAAAAGUCUCUUUUUGCUUCAAUUCACAAACCAUCAACAGAAGAUAGUAGGCCAAGAAGCAUGGUUAUUAAGAAAGCGAAUACUGUAAUUCCAUCUCAUAUCAUAGCUGAAGCAAUAUCAACAUUACAUGAUGAUGGCCUUGGUCUUAGGUGGUCAGGUCCAAUUACACCAACAGAAAUGGAAUAUGUUGAGCAAUAUGUCUUAGCAAAGUAUCCACAAUAUGCAGGGCUUGUUGAAGGCGAAAAAUUUGACCUGUCUAGUAUUUGCAUCAACGAUGAGUCUGCUACCGAUCAUGUUGCAGAUGACAAGAGAAAAUCUCCAAGGGGAGCAUCUAGAGAGCCCACCACACCUUCCUCUGGUGGCAACCUUCCCGAGCUAGAUAGGACACAGUUAGCACCAUCAAGAUUGCUCGAUAUCCUCACAACUAAAUCCUCCUUUCCUGGUAGUUUCAUCUCAAUCCCCGAGAUACAAGCUCGAAACAAGGUUUUGAAACACUGCGGUUUGCCUGAUGAAGAGUACCUAGUUCUCUUCACACCAAACUAUGUUGAUUCCAUGAAGUUAGUAGGUGAGAGCUAUCCGUUCUUCAAGAAUAAUACCUACAUGACCAUUUUGGGAGAGGAAGAAGAAGAUUGCAUAAAAGAAUAUGCAAGUUUCAAAGAAUCAAGAGUGAUUUCGGCACCAGUGACUUGGUUGGAUUUGAGGAUAAAAGGGUCACAGCUUAGCCAGUACUUCAGGAAGAAAAGCAAGUACAAGCAAAAGGGGUUGUUCUCUUAUCCUGCUGUUGUAAAUGGGACUCAUUAUUCAUUGCAUUGGGUCUCAGAAGCUCACAGAAAUUCAUGGCAUGUUCUUCUUGAUGCUACUGAACUUGUAAUUGGCAAAGACCACUUGAAUCUAGUCCUCCACAGGCCUGACUUUGUGUUAUGCAGUCUUGACAAUACACCUGCAAUUCCUUCAAGAAUAACUUGCCUCAUGGUCAGGAAGAAGUCUUUUGAUACCAAUCCAGCUUCAUCUCAAGUCAUUGAGUAAACAGUACCUGUAAAUGUAGACUUUGUUUUCUUUAGUCCAAUUAGCAACCAAGUGUGAAAUUGGGCUAAAGGCAUGCUAAUAGUACUGUUGAGUAAGCUUAAAAAAAAAAGACAUUUUGUUUCUAAUUACCAUUUUAAAAAAGAUAGCAUGGAAAGAUCUCAGGUUUGCAGUCCCAAAA